CGAGCUGAGAGAGAUGGCGGACGCCGGCGCACCGACGGGGCGGAAGGAGGAGGAGGAGGAAGACGACGUCGUCUGUCUGGAUCCGUCCUUCUUCAUGAAUCGCGAGUACGAGAUGACGACCUUCACCUACGGCUCCCAAGUGCUCAACCUCCUCUGCUCCAGCUCCGCCUCCACUGAUUAUGACCUUACUGGGCAGUUAGUAUGGCCAGGUGCUGUUCUGAUGAACACAUACCUAUCGGAACACCCUGAGACUGUGAAGGGACGCUCAAUAAUUGAGUUGGGAUCUGGGAUUGGCAUUACUGGGAUAUUGUGCAGCCGUUUCUGUAAAGAGGUGGUCUUGACUGAUCACAAUGAUGAAGUUUUAGAGAUUAUAAAGAAAAAUAUAGAGUUGCAGUCAUCUUCUGAAAAUGCUGAAGCAGUGCUGACGGCUGAGAAGCUAGAGUGGGGAAAUAAUGAUCAUAUAAGCAAUAUCAUGAAGGAACACCCUGUUGGGUUUGACCUCAUUGUUGGAGCCGAUAUCUGCUUCCAGCAAUCUAGCAUUCCAUGUCUCUUUGAUACUGUAGAGAAGUUUCUUCGUAUGCAGGGCGGUAAAUGUAGAUUCAUACUGGCUUAUGUAUCACGAGCUAAAGUCAUGGACGCACUAGUACUGAAGGAAGCUGAAAAACAUGGAAUGCUUGUUGAAGAAGUGGACGGGACGAGAACCACCAUCUCACAUCUUCAAGGCGUCAUAUUCAGCAUCAUCCUCAGAUGACUUGCUUCUGAUGGAAUGCCUGGGCGACCAUUAGCGACGAGCAAUAUGUUGAACCUGCUAUCGGGAAAGCAAAAAAAGUUCCUUUCCAGAGGAAAGAAACAAUACCACACUGCCACAUUAACAUCAUUCCUGACGAUGCUUCAGUUCCUUAGCUGGUUGAAUGUAAAAUUUUAAAUUA